AGAGCUGAGGAUUUGCCAUCCAGCUGUUCACAUGGCUCUGCUGCUCCUGGGUGUCUGGGGGAUCUUGCUACUUCUGGGGCUGUGGGGACUGCUCCAGGGCUGCACCCGGAGCCCCUCCCUGGCUCCUCGGUGGCCCCCUGGGCCUCGCCCUCUGCCGUUCCUGGGGAACCUGCAUUUGCUGGGUGUGACCCAACAAGACCGGGCACUGAUGGAGCUCUCAGAACGCUACGGGCCCAUGUUCACAAUCCAUCUGGGAUCUCAGAAGACCGUGGUGCUGUCGGGCUAUGAGGUGGUGAGGGAGGCCUUGGUUGGAACCGGGCAUGAGCUAGCCGACCGGCCCCCAAUUCCCAUCUUCCAGCACAUCCAGCGAGGUGGGGGCAUUUUCUUUUCUUCUGGAGCUCGCUGGAGGGCGGGUCGCCAAUUCACGGUGCGCACACUGCAGAGCCUGGGUGUGCAACAGCCAUCCAUGGUGGGCAAGGUGCUGCAGGAGCUGGCCUGUCUUAAAGGACAGCUGGAUAGCUAUGGAGGCCAGCCCCUCCCCCUGGCGCUGCUGGGUUGGGCACCCUGCAACAUCACCUUCACACUUCUCUUCGGCCAGCGCUUUGACUACCAGGAUCCUGUGUUUGUGUCCCUGCUGAGUCUCAUUGACCAGGUCAUGGUCCUGUUGGGGUCACCUGGCAUACAGCUAUUCAACACGUUCCCCCGGCUGGGGGCCUUCCUGCGGUUGCACAGGCCGGUCUUGAGCAAGAUCGAGGAGGUGCGCACCAUCCUGAGAACCCUGCUGGAAACGCGGAGACCACCCUUGCCAACGGGCGGUCCCGCGCAGAGUUAUGUAGAAGCUCUGCUUCAGCAGGGCCAGGAAGAUGACCCUGAGGACAUGUUUGGCGAGGCCAAUGUCCUGGCCUGUACACUGGACAUGGUCAUGGCUGGAACAGAGACCACGGCGGCCACGCUGCAGUGGGCCGUCUUCCUGAUGGUUAAGCACCCACAUGUGCAGGGUCGCGUGCAGGAGGAACUGGACCGAGUGCUGGGUCCUGGGCAGCUGCCUCAACCAGAGCACCAGCGAGCACUGCCCUACACCAGUGCUGUGUUGCAUGAGGUCCAGCGGUACAUCACACUCCUGCCCCAUGUGCCCCGCUGCACAGCUGCUGACAUCCAGCUGGGUGGCUACCUGCUCCCCAAGGGCACUCCUGUGAUUCCUUUGCUCACUUCAGUCCUCCUGGACAAGACGCAGUGGGAGACCCCAAGCCAGUUCAACCCAAACCACUUUCUGGACGCGAAGGGGCGCUUUAUGAAGCGGGGGGCCUUCCUGCCAUUCUCCGCUGGUCGCCGGGUCUGCGUUGGGAAGAGCCUGGCCAGGACAGAGCUCUUCCUGCUGUUCGCUGGCCUCCUUCAGCGGUACCGCCUCCUGCCCCCACCCGGCCUCAGCCCUGCAGACCUGGAUUUACGGCCUGCCCCAGCUUUCACCAUGCGGCCUCCUGCCCAGACCUUGUGUGUGGUGCCGAGAUCUUAGGGUGCACACAUUCUGGAAAACUACCAGAGCCUAGCCUACCUCUCCUCCAGGGUGCACUGCAGGUUUUGGGGUGGUUGUAGCAUUCCUAGCAAUGAAUGAUAGGCAGACAGUCCCACACUGUCCCUCUGGACCACCACAGCUCUUAUGACUCAGUGUACAGUGGUGCCAAGGCUGCUUACCCGUAUGUGGAGGUUGGAAGCUGGCCUUUCAUCUGGCAUCAUGGGGCAGAGGGCGUAUCGGCCCAGUGCAGCGGCCCUACCCUGUCCUGAUAUGGUGCUUACAGGAACCCUAACUCACCUUCCAGGCUUUUACACCCCGGACACUACAGACACUUUUCUAUUCUGGUCCCCAAGGCAGCCAAAUCCUCAGAGUAGAGACUACAAUCCCUUCAUUGUUCUCCCCCCCACACACACACUGCACCCCCCGCCCACCCUAUCUUUGGCUAUACCCAGGCUUCCCACCAGGUCACAGGGUUCCCCCAUCCCCAGAAGCCUGGUCUAUAGCCCUUCCAUAGCCCCCCCGUAUACCCCAUCUCCCUACCUAGGCAGAUUCUGCCCAAAGUUCGGGAUUGCUCCACCUUUGACUGGUACCAAGGGGACCCAGGGGCUGCUGAGCUUGACCACAGGCGACAUUUUUGUUCCUUUCUUUUGCUGUGACAACUGGCAUUCUGCCAUGUGGCUACUUGGAACAGGAAUGGCUGGAGGGAAAGAGCUUCGCCCAGCUGAUGCCCCGGGAACCUUCGCCUGGUUCCUGAUGCCAGUUCUCACCAACAGCGAGGAACCUACCACAUUUCCUGUUUCGACUUGGCUACCAGGAAACCCUUAGCUAUGGUCCUUGUUCCUUCCAUCUCCUCCCCCUGCCCCACCUCCUCUUCUCAGUGGUGUUUGUAUUCCUUGUUUCUCUGUGCGCUCACUCAAGGCUUUGAAAUGCGCGGGUGAUAACCUUGUUGCGUAUGUCUGUUGUGACGUGCCAACUCCAGCUGUGCCUUCUCCAGAAGCAUUCCUGUGGCCACGGAUAUGGCCACCGUCAGUACAGGGCUUCCCCAAGUGCGGAAGGGCAGGCCUAGAUGCCACCAUGAGUGGCAAGAGCCAGUUGGAGUACAUGUGAGACCCAGAUCAUACAACACUUGGGUCCCUUCUGGCACCAAGAGUCUGGUGGUUGGUGGUGACAGGUCGCUGUUGACUAAAGAGACAUGAGUAAGUCCCCCUUGGGCUCUGGUGGUGUACUGUGUUGGUGCUGGCCCCAGCCAGUGCUUUAAAGUAACUAAACAUGAAGUGACAGAGUGUCUAAAUGACAUAGGACAAGGUCGAGGACAGGGUUUGUAGCCAGAUUGUCUGAGACCCCAAGACCCAGGAAGGGGUUCAUGCUUUGGCUGGCCGCCUGUCUCCCCACAUUAAUGCAGUAUUUGGCUACUGUGCCCAAGUGCUAGGGACCGGAGACAAGCCUAUCCCAUUUGUUUUUUGAAACAGGGUUUUUCUGUGUAGCCCUGGCUGUCCUAGAACUCACUCUGUGGACCAGGCUGGCCUUGAACUCAGAGUUCUGCCUGUCUCUGCCUCCCGAGUGCUGGGACUAAAGGCGUGCGCCACUGUUGUCAAUCUCAUCACUUUUACUAGACCUGGGGUCAGCUCAGCUCUGCUCCACUCAAGUGAGCUGGCAGGUUAGAAGUCUAGAGGCUGCCCCAGUGUGUCCUCUCUCCUGCCAUGUGGCAACUGCCAGGCAGGAAGGCAGAGGACAACAUGCUUAAGGUUUGGGAGUGUGGGGUCUGCCCUCUAGUGGCAGUUGGAUCUGAGUGGACUGCUCAUGAAGGACUAUGGCUGCUCUCACAGGCUCAGGAUAGUGGGCCUCCAGGCAGCUGAGGGCACCUGGCUUUAGCCCAGCUGGCCCAGGAUGCCCACCUCCUCCCUGUGACACAUGUCCUGAUCACUGGGAGCUGCGAGUGGGAGGUGGACUGUGUCCUCUGUCCUUGGAUCAGAGCAGCUGUCAUCACCUGAACAAGACCCUGGAGAGACUCGGCCUAUUAACAUUCCUGUAGGAAAGGGAUAGGUGGGUGGGAUGACUGCCUGACCUACCAGAGAUCCCAGCCACCGUCCCCCCUGCCUCUUCCACUGUGGAUUGCAACCUUGCUUGGGCACAAAAUAUUUGGCAAGUCAGACGUAUCUGUGUAAUGAUCAAAAAUUAGAAGUAAAAUGUGUACCUGGUGGUGGUAGGGCUUGGGUGACAGAGGCAGGUGGGUCUCUGUGAGUUUAAGGCCAGUCCAGUCUACAGAUCCAGUUCCAGGAUAGCCAGGGUCACACACACAAACCUUGCCUAGAAAAAAACCAAAGCCAACCAACCAGGCAAGCAAAAGCAACUGUGUGAGGCAUCCUCACGGGCACCGCACGUGCCCUGGUGUAAGUAAGCUGUACCCUGGCUCUUGGCCAGAUGUUAUCAGUCUCAGGUCACAGGUCAUGUGAUGUUCCACCUAGCCAUGGUGGAACUCACUCUGUAGACCAGGCUGACCUCGAACUCAAGAGACUGGCCUGCUUCUGCCUCCUAAGCGCUGGGAAUAAAGAGUCUCAUGGUUUUAAAA